AUGUACGCACAGGGGCUGCCAGGGCUGGUGGUGCUGCUGCUGGUCACCUCGCUGCCGGCCGGCCACCCCGCGCCGCCGGCCGGCCCCCCGGCCCUGCGGAGCGGUUUGGGUAGUCCUUCUUUGUGCCGGCUGUCCCGGACUGACUCGGAGCUCAGGUGCCGCGUCCCAGGGGGGAAGCUGUGCAGUGACAGAGGCAGAUGCGAGUGUGGAGUCUGCAUCUGCCAAGUGACUGAGUCCGGCAAAUACUAUGGUCCGCUCUGCGAGUGCCACGACUGGGUGUGCGAGAUCUACGAUGGGAAGAUCUGUGCAGGCCAUGGGAAGUGUGACUGUGGGAAGUGCAAAUGUGAUGAAGGCUGGUAUGGUGAAGCUUGUCAGUAUCCAACUACUUGCAAUCUUACACGGAAGAAAAGCAAUGAAAUGUGCAAGAAUUCUCAAGAUAUCAUCUGUUCUGGUGCAGGCACAUGUCAGUGUGGCAGGUGUAAAUGUGCAAACUCAGAAGGAAAUGGACUGGUCUAUGGUAAAUUUUGUGAAUGUGAUGACAGAGAAUGCAUAGAUGAUGAGACAGAAGAGAUUUGCACAGGCCAUGGAAAGUGUUACUGUGGAAACUGUUACUGUGAGGCUGGUUGGCAUGGAGAUAAAUGUGAAUUCCAGUGUGACAUCACCCCCUGGGAGAUCAAGAAAAGAUGCACAUCUCCAGAUGGCAAAAUCUGCAGCAACAGAGGCACAUGUGUAUGUGGAGAAUGCACAUGCCAUGAUGUGGACCCAACUGGUGACUGGGGAGAUAUUCAUGGAGAUACUUGUGAGUGUGAUGAAAGAAACUGCAAAGCAGUGUAUGAUAGAUAUUCUGAUGACUUCUGUUCAGGUCAUGGACAGUGUAAUUGUGGAAGGUGUGACUGUAAGGAAGGAUGGACUGGGAGGAAGUGUGAACACCCACGUUCUUGUCCAUUGUCAGUUGAGGAAAGUGCUAAGAAAUGCCAAGGAAAUUCUAAUUUACCUUGCUCUGGAAGAGGGAGAUGUGAAUGUGGCCAAUGCAGUUGUUUCCCUCCAGGAGACAACAGAGUUCAUGGCAAAAACUGUGAAUGUGAUGAUCGACAGUGUGAAAAUGUGGACGGCGAUGUCUGUGGAGGCCGUGGUAUCUGCUCAUGCGGCCGAUGCAUUUGCCAGGACGGGUGGUUUGGAAAGUUGUGCCAGCAUUCAAGGAAGUGCAACAUGACAGAGGAGGAGAGCAGAAGUCUCUGCGAGUCAGCGGAUGGCAUAUUAUGCUCAGGAAAGGGUUCCUGCCACUGUGGAAAGUGCAUCUGUUCACCACAGGAAUGGUACAUUUCGGGUGAAUUCUGUGAAUGCGAUGACAGAGACUGUGACAAACAUGACGGUCUCAUUUGCACAGGCAAUGGUGUUUGUAGCUGUGGAAACUGUGAGUGCUGGGAAGGAUGGAAUGGAAAUGCUUGUGAAAUCUGGAUGGGGAGAGAAUACCCUUAA